AAAGGACUUGCAACACAAAGGGGCUGCAACGCAAUUGUAACGGAUAUAUUUUAACGUGUAAUUUAAAACGCGAAGUCCCGUUUUAUUUUAUCGUAUGAUUUACGUUUUCGUGUUUUUCUGCUCAUAAAUCCAAAAUAAAUGUUUAUACAAGAUUAUAGGAAUCACAUGCAAAAAAUCAAAUGAAAAGUAUCGAUAUCGAUAAAUAGUUGAAACAAUUGUUCAAGCCAUUUUUUUUGCAUACAAAUGAAUAUCACCUGCAAGAUGUGUAAAUAAUAACGUCUCGGAAGUCUUUAAAUUCUCGGAUGUUAUUAAAUCUUAAUUAAUAUUCCUUAAACCAUCUGCGGAGUAAGAGGUUAGUGAGAUUUAUUUUCUGUGCGACGUUAUACUUGAAUGUUAUACUUCAAAAAUGACAAUUAGGCAGACGACUGUUUGAAUCACAACCGUAUAUUUAAGAAUUAUUUCGCUUUAAAUUUAGUUUUUUCUUCGCCAGUGUGAUGAAAAUUAUUGCGUGUAACUCCGGGGGUAACAAUAUUGCAAACUGGGUCUUUAAUGCACUCCAGCCUAUGGCUGUCGUAAAUUAACACCCUCGUUUCCAAUAUUUUACUUACCCCCCUCGUUGUGCACAAUGCACUAUUACGGUUAUCAAUCAAAACUAACUUCGGAAUGGAUUUAUUGUAUGGGCCUCCUUAGUUAUAUCAUAUCCACGUCUGAAGUGGCGUUCUUGCCCCGGCUGGUCAAACUUAUACAGGUCGCUCUAGCAGGCCUGGCAGUUCUCCACUUAGGAGCUGACAACUAUCCGCCGCAAGCCACAGUGUUCGAUGGUGACCAGUUCGACUUCAUCGUGGUGGGCGCGGGAUCGGCAGGGGCCGUGAUAGCAGCGAGGCUCUCGGAGAUAACUAAUUGGAAGAUCCUGCUUAUUGAGGCUGGUGACAACCCACCUAUAGACUCGGUUGUAAGUUUGACUUCCUCCAACUUUUUGAUUUUAUUUCAGAUUCCAGGCUUGUUCCCUUUUCUAGACUACUCUAUGGCUGACUGGAAUUAUUACAGCGAAGAUGACGGGUUCUCCUGCCAAGCUCACAAAACUAAAACUGUCCAUCUCACCCGAGGCAAGAUGCUCGGAGGGUCUAGCGGCGCCAACUACAUGUACUGCGUGCGGGGGAACAAGGGUGACUACGAGAACUGGGUAAGCCAAGGAGGCAUCGGUUGGGACUGGGACAACGUGACACAUUACUUCAAAAAGAGCGAAGGACUCAAAAGUCCUGAAGUUUUGGCAGCCGGAUCAGCCGACCUACACAACACUGAAGGCCCCCUGGGAGUGUCACUUCUAAAAUGGGAUGAAGAAACUAUGAAUACUCUGGACUCUUAUCUAAGCGCUUUUGGUGAAAAACAUCCAAUUCUUAUCGACACAAAUGGCCACGAGCAGAUUGGUUAUGCGCUUCCCCCAUUCACAGUGUAUGAUAAAAGACGCCAAAGCACUGCAGUGUCUUUCCUCCGCCCAAUUAAAUCUCGCGAAAAUUUAUAUGUCCUCAAAAAUACUUUAUGCACGAAAAUACUUUUCGAUGAAAAUCUGAGAGCUAUCGGGGUAGAGGUGAAGUUACCUGAUAAAGAAGUUAUCAGUCUUUACGCUUUCAAAGAAGUGAUAUUAUCGGGUGGUUCUAUCAACACACCUCAGUUAUUAAUGCUAUCAGGUAUCGGACCGCAACAGCAUUUAAUCGAUAUGGGAAUUGAAGUACUGCUAGAUUCGCCAUUAGUCGGUCAAAAUUUACAAGAUCAUUAUUAUUAUUUCGUAAUAUUAACAGGAAAAAAAGGACUCAAAUCAGUACCUCAGAACAUUAAAGUAUUGACAAAUUUGGACCAAUUCCCUAUUCCAGCCAUAACGGGACAUAUAGCGUUAUCCAAAAAUAGCUCAGUUCCCGAUUAUCAAGCACAGGUGUAUGUGGCUCCAGCCGCUUCUGUAUUCAGCACUCUCGUUUGUUCUUACGUAUUUGGGCUGGAAGAUAAGAUCUGCACGGCUAUUGCACAGGCGAGCCAGAAGCAGGAAACUCUCGUAGCUGCAUUAGCUAUGCUGCAUCCUGAUUCCAGAGGGCACAUCGAGCUCAGAAGCAAAAAUCCUGAAGAUAAGCCAAAAAUCUUCCUUGGUUACUAUGAAAACGAGGCAGACUUGGAUAAGCAUGCAAAAAUAGCAAAGCAUUAUUUGGAAGUUUUAGACAGCGAGUAUAUGAGAAGCGUAAACUCUGAGGUAGUGGAUAUAAAGGUGCCUCAAUGCUCUGAUAUAGAAUUUAACACUCAUGAGUAUUGGAAGUGCCUGGCAUUGAACACUGCGUCGACUCAGUGGCAUCCAGCGGGGACUUGUGUGAUGGGUGUGGAGGGUAAGAGCGUGGUGGACCCUGAGUUGAGAGUACGAGGAGUGACAGGGUUAAGGAUUGGCGACGCCAGCAUUAUGCCAAGCCUCACCAGUGGCAACUUGAAUGCACCAGUUAUUAUGAUUGGAGUCAGACCAAGCUAA